AUGUCAUCUCGUCGUUUAUCUCGUAGUCAAAAUGUAAUUCCAAAACAUUAUGAUGUUCAUUUAACAACUGAUCUUGAUUCUGGUCAAUUUUGUGGUUCAGUUAAAAUAGAUUUAAUUAUAAAACAACAGGAUCAAACAUGUAUAAAACUUGAUGCAUCUCAUUUAAUAAUUGAUCUAUCAUCUAUUUCAUUAAUAUUAAUAUCAUCAUUAACAAAACUUGAAUUUACUGUUGAAUCAAAUGAUUUAAAUGAAAUUCUUGAAAUACGUCUUUUAAAUGAACAAACAUUUUCUUUGGAUAUUUCAUAUCGUUUAAUUAUAAAUUCAUUUUCUGGUCAUAUAACAACACAAAAUCAUAUUGGUUUUUAUCGAUCAACUGUUGAUAUAUUAUCAUAUAAUGAUAAUAAUUCAAAUGAAAUGUCUAUUAUAAAAAAACAUUAUGGUAUAACACAAAUGUCACCAACACAUUGUCGUCGUGUAUUUCCAUGUUUUGAUGAACCAUCGUUACGUGCUACAUUUGAUUUAACACUUGAUAUACCACGAAAUAUGCAAGCAUUAUCAAAUAUGCCACAACUUUAUUCACAAGAUAAUUUAUUAAAUAGUGGAACAAAACGUAUCCGUUUUCAACGAACACCAUCAAUGCCAACAUUUCUUUUAUGUUUUGUUAUUGGUGAAUUUGAUAUGAUUAAAGCUGAACCUGUUGAGCGAUUGAACAAAAAUAAUGGAUUAUCUCCAAUAGAACUUACAGCAUAUACAUUACCUGGUAGAAAACAUGAAGCUACGUUUGCAUUAAAUUGUGCUCAUAAAGCUUUACAUUAUUAUGCUGAUUUAUUUCAAAUUGAUUAUCCAAUGGCAAAACUUGAUCUUGUUGCUGUACCGGAUCUUUUUUAUCCAGCUAUGGAAGAUUGGGCACUUAUUCUUUUUAAGGAAGAAGAAAUGUUAAUAAAUGAAGAUCAUGCUGUUAGUAUACAAUAUCGAAAUGUAUGUCAAUCAGUAACACAUGAAAUAGCUCAUCAAUGGUUUGGUAAUUUAGUAAGCAUUCAUUGGUGGAAUGAUGUAUAUGUUGUUGAAGGAUUUGCCAAAUGGUUUGAAUACUUAGCAACAGAUUAUAUCGUUCCUGAAUAUAAUGUUUUUUCAGAAUUUUUUUCUACACAAUUUGUACGAUAUUUUGAUUAUUGUAUUAAUAUUCUUCAUAAUGAAGCAGAUGAUAUUGACGAAAAAGAUUUUUCAUUUGAAGGUUUUAUUUAUUCAAAAGGUUCAUGUUUAAUGCGUAUGCUACAUUUAUUUGUUGGACAAAAUGAUUUUCUUGAUUCAAUUCGACUUUAUUUACAACGAUAUUCAUAUCGGACAGCAACGGCAAUUGAUUUUUGGACAUGCAUUGAAGAAAUAACAAAAUUACCAAUAAAAAAAUUAGUUCAUAGCUGGUGUACAAAAAAAAGUUAUCCUGUUGUACAAGUUAAAAUGAUUGGAUAUGAUGAAACAACAGGUGCCGGAAAUGCAAAAAUUGGAGUGAAUUUUUUUCUCGUUCGUUUUCUUCAACCAGAAUUAUAUUCUGAUAAACAAAUAAAUGAUGAUGGUGGUACACAUUUAGUUUAUUUUAUAAAUGAAAUCUUAUCAAAAGCUUCCAUGCGUUCUCAUGAAUCAACUCGUCAAUUAGCAAAAUUAUUACGAACAGAUUGGAAUGAUUUACUUAAAAAACUUCGUUUAGAAAAUACAUCAGCACGAACAUAUUCUCAACAAUUAAAACAUUUAUAUUUAUCAUUAGAUGAAAUGCUUCAAUGUACAUCACGUCUUGAAUAUUAUAUUGGUGAUCCAAAAACUCGUCUAAAAAAACAUUAUAAUCGUUAUCGUUUUAAUCCUCAAAUAAUUGAAGAAGAACGUACAGAUUUUGAACAACAAGCAUUAGAUUAUUUAAAAAAAGUUAUUAAACAUCGACAACAAUUUAAUUAUUUUCAAGAACAACAACAAGAUUAUUAUCGUUCAAUAACAACAACAAAUCUUAUAUCAUCACAACGAACAAAAUGUCCAAUGUGUCAUGAGUUAUUUGGUGAUGAUCGACCUGAUGUUUGUUUCUUUUUAUGUGGACAUUUCUUUUGUCAUGAAUGUACAUUACAAUGGAAAAAACACGAAAUAGAUCAACGACCACAUCGAUCACAUAUUAAAUGUCCUAUUUGUCGUCGUGAAAUUCCAGUUAAUUCUUUAACAGUUCUUAAAUGGCGAGAUCAAAACGCAACAAACAUUACAUCAUCAUUAUCAUCACCACAAAAAACAACAAUAGAUAAUUCUAUAUUAGAUGAUACUUCAUCUCCACGUCUUCGUCGUUUAAUGGAAACUCAAGAACUUUUAACAAUUCAAGGUCGUUAUGGUACAAAAGUUGAUUCGAUUGUUUCAUUUAUACUUAAUCUUCUUAAUGAUGAUAUUCAACAGGCAACACCUAUUAUUACAACAACAAUGAAUAAUCCAAAACCUCCAUUAAAAAUUCUUGUCUUUUCACAAUUUACUGAUGUACUCAAUGUUUUAGCUAUUUCACUUAAACUUAAUGCUAUUUCUUAUUUACAAUUUACAUCAACGAAAAUUCUUCAACAAUUUCGACAAGAUCCUAAUAUAACUGUUCUUCUGAUGCCACUUGGAAAAGGAGCUAAUGGUCUUAACUUAACUGAAGCUCAACAUGUUAUUCUUGUUGAACCUCAAAUUCAUCGAUCAGUUGAAUUACAAGCAAUUGCUCGUGUACGUCGUCUUGGUCAAAAAUAUAAUACAUAUGUUUAUCGAUUUAUUGUUAAUGAUACAGCAGAAGAAGUUGUACUUGCUAAUUCUCGAACAGCGCAAACAAUACCAAUGAAUAAUCAUCAAACAACAAUUAUAUCCGAUCAUUCAUCAACAAGUCGAGCUGCAUCAUUUGCUGAUUUUGAACUUCUUUAUGAAAUAAAUAUGGCACGAAAAAUAUUUUUUCAAUCAUCACAAUCAACAACAACAACAACGGCAACAAAUCAUCAAUUAGAUUCAUCUGUAUUAUAA